AUGCUGCCCCUGCAAAGAAUUGGCAGAAGGGUCAAUUUUAACUCCUGUUCCUCCUUCUUUUUCCCUGGCUCCCAGGACAGGAGGGCCACAGAGCUGUUCCCAGCUCCCUCCAGAACCUUCUGGAUCAUCUCAUCCGUUGCCUUGUUGUUUUUUGUAGCUGUUGGCAUCAGUGUCCUGGGGGUUCUCAGCUUCUCCCCCAGCUCUGCCCAGGCUGGCUCCCAGCUCGGCCGAGUGACGCUCCAGGGCCAGCAGCACCCGCUGAGGAACCAGACAGCCGUGGUGGACAAGGCCAGGAGCACCGUCACCUACCACGUCACCUCACAGAGCAACCUGAGCGCCGCGGUGCUGUACGACAGCAGGAACGGCUACGUGUGCUACAAACCGCUGGAGCAGCGAGCCUGCUACCUGAGGAGGAUGGAGCCCUGGGACCUGCAGACAGCUCUCAACACCUCUGAGCACCCCGCUGAGCAGCUGCUACAGCACAACAACCAGACCAAGUUCUACCAGGAGUUCCUGGGCAUUGUGGCAGGGGAGCAGGUGGAGCCCGGGGGCCUGGGGGAGGCCGUGCAGGCCCUGUGUGAGCACACAUCCAUCUUCUGGGUGCGGAGAGGCCAGGGGCCGGGGAGGCAGCGCCUCAUCUACCUGUGCAUCGACAUCUGCUUCCCCAGCAACAUCUGUGUCUCCAUCUGCUUCUAUUACCUGCCCGAGUAAGUGCUGCAGCCACGGCCACCCUCUCUGCCCUCAUACUUGAACUGCAUUCCUGAAAACCUCUGACUUCCAUGAGGGAGCACCUACAACAUCCCCAGAGCUUCCUGCUGAUUCCAUGCUGCAGGUCAGGAGAGUUUAGAGAAACAGGAGGCCUCUGCUCAGCACUGUCAGCACAGACACUGCAGCUCUGCUCCAGGGCUGCACCUCCUCUGUAGGAAUUAGGAGUCCUGGGGAGCAGCUGGAGUUUUGGGGCUCCAGGCUCUGUCCAACACAAGGUGGUUGUUGUUACAGCUGGGGGUGGCUGGCUUUAGGAGAGCAGCUCUCCAAGUCACUCUGUGAAACAUUUUGAAUAAAUGGAUUGCAAACCAAGA